GUUUAUGGUACAGCGGCGUAAUUUUCGUAAUAGAAGGUUCUUUCUCUAAAAUAGUUCAAUUUUGUUCAGAUUGGACAAUGGCAUCGACCCCAACUUCUGAAGAAAGGAGACGAUGCAGUCCAUUGGAAAGUGAAACAAGUAUGAAUGGAAGUUAUGAACAAGAUAAGCAAAGUAGUAUAAGUGGUAGUGGAGAUGAACAGACUCGUAGGUCAACCAGAAGAAAACGUACAAAAGCGGAAGUCAAAGAAGGAGAUGUGAAGCCUGUAAAUGUAUCGGAAGAAGAAAAUAAUUCUGAUGAUGAAAAAGUCAAACCUGAUAAGCCUGUUACAUCUUCAAGUGUUAAUGAGGAUGUUGAAGAUUUGGAUAGUGAACAAGAUGAUCCUACUGGACUAGAAGGUGCUGCCUUUCAAAGUCGACUUCCAUUUGAUAAAAUGACUAGUCAAGAAGCUGCUUGUUUUCCAGAUAUAGCUCAAGGAAUGUCAAGUAGCCAAAAAGUUUUUCUUAAUAUUAGAAAUCGAUUGCUGCAGAUGUGGCUUGAUAAUCCUAAGCAACAACUGCUUUUUGAAAAUGCAUUAAUGCAAAUGGAGCCACCUUUUAAUAGUGAUGGACCAUUAGUCAUGAGAAUACAUGCUUUUCUUGAACGUUAUGGCUUUAUCAAUUUCGGGGUUUAUAAAAGAUUAAAAAUGCCUCCUGUUAAGAAAGUUGGAAAGGUAAUUAUUAUUGGAGCAGGAAUAUCAGGUCUAGCAGCUGCCCAACAGCUUCAGCAGUUCGGAAUGGAUGUUGUAGUGUUAGAAGCAAGGGAUCGUGUUGGUGGACGUGUUGCUACUUUCAGAAAAGGUAAUUUUAUUGCAGAUUUAGGAGCAAUGGUUGUAACAGGAUUAGGAGGAAAUCCUAUUGCUGUUUUGAGUAAACAAAUUACUAUGGAGUUACAUAAAAUAAGGCAAAAAUGUCCUUUGUAUGAAUCUAAUGGUACAACUGUGGCUAAAGACAAAGAUGAAAUGGUUGAAAGAGAAUUCAAUAGACUCUUAGAGGCUACUUCUUACUUAUCUCAUCAACUUGACUUUAACUAUGUUCAAAACAAGCCUGUUUCCCUCGGACAAGCACUAGAAUGGGUCAUAAAAUUACAAGAAAAGCAUGUUAAAGAAAAACAAAUUCAACAUUGGAAAGCUAUUUUAGAACUUCAAGAAAAAUUGAAAACCAAUUUGAACAAAAUGUCACAUCUUAAAGAUCAGAUUGAAGAAAUGCGUAAGCAUUACCAAGAACUUCAUGAAUCAAAACAACAGAAAGACAUUACGUUAGAGUUUGUUCUUCGUAGUAAAAUGAGAGACAUAGGUGCUGCAUGUAAGGAAUGGGAUCAGUAUCAGGAACAGCAAAAAGAAAUAGAAGAAAAAUUACAAGAAUUGGAAGCAUCUCCACCUAGUGAUGUGUACUUGUCAUCAAAAGAUCGACAGGUUCUUGACUGGCACUUUGCCAAUCUAGAAUUUGCUAAUGCAACUCCUCUAAAUAACCUUUCUUUGCGACAUUGGGAUCAAGAUGAUGAUUUUGAAUUUACUGGAAGCCAUAUGACUGUUCGCAAUGGAUAUUCCUGUGUUCCAGUUGCUCUUGCAGAUGGUUUAGAUCUCAAAUUAAAUAUGGCAGUGAAGAGCAUUCGGUAUUCCCCUCACGGUGUGGAAGUUUUAGCCAUGAACACAAGAGCCAACUCUGGUAUGGUAAGUUUCAAAGGGGAUGCUGUACUAUGCACUCUUCCACUUGGGGUUUUAAAACAUUCCAUUCAGUCUAAUGCUCAGUCAUCCAAUGCUGUUCAAUUUGUACCUCCCCUUCCCGAUUGGAAAGUAGCUCCUAUUCAAAGGCUUGGCUUUGGUAAUCUCAAUAAAGUUGUUUUGUGUUUUGACCGUGUAUUUUGGGAUCCAAAUGCUAAUCUGUUUGGUCAUGUUGGUAGUACCACAGCUAGUAGAGGGGAAUUGUUUUUAUUUUGGAACUUAUACAGAGCUCCAGUUUUGCUAGCCUUGGUUGCUGGAGAAGCUGCAGCUAUUAUGGAAAGUGUCAGUGAUGAUGUUGUGGUUGGUCGAUGCAUUGCUGUUUUGAAGGGAAUUUUCGGCAAUGGGGCUGUGCCUCAGCCAAAAGAAACUCUAGUUACUCGAUGGAGAGCGGACCCCUGGUCAAGAGGCUCUUAUUCAUAUGUUGCAACUGGUUCAUCUGGAAAUGAUUAUGAUGUACUGGCUACUCCUGUCUCACCACCUGCUAAUAUGCAGGGAAGCCAAUCUGUGAACAUCCCUAGACUCUUCUUUGCUGGUGAACACACAAUUCGCAAUUACCCUGCUACUGUCCAUGGUGCACUUUUAAGUGGAUUGCGUGAAGCUGGUCGUAUUUCAGAUCAGUUUCUUGGCUGCCCUUACGCAGUUCGUCAACAGCCAAUGCCUCAACAGGUCCAGUGAAGUAUUUAUAAAGUUGUGCAUUGUUUUAAAAUAUCAUUUUUUUUACAUUUUUUUUUGUAUGCACUAUGCAGACAUAUGUAUAAUAGUUACUCCAAUUUAAGUGUAGCUACUGGAAAUGUAUUAUUUUAUGUUAAUACAAAGUUAAAAAUUUUAACAGAACCUGAACAUAUAUCUUUUAAUGUUCUCUUUGUUUUAUUUUAUGGUUUGAACUUAUCAGCAACACACCUGUAGCUUAAUAUUUUUAUGUAUCUUCAACCAAGAUAUCUCAUUUUUGUUAACAAUACUUUUUCUAUCAAAAGAUAUUUUAGUAUUGAAAAUGGUUUUAAGGAUAUUAUUACAGUAUUUGUGUGUUAAUGAUCCACUGUGGUUAUGUUUGCAUUGUGCUUUGUUUGUGAUUUAGAUUAUUUUUUUAUGCUUAAACAUACAUUCAAUGUUAUUUAUAUAUACAUUUUCAGUUGUGAAUACCUAUUUUUUUGCUGUAAUAUCGUUUAAAAACAUUUAUUCACCACAUUCUUGUAAAAUAUUGUUCCAAUAAAAAGUAUGUUUUCC